GCAACACCCAGAGGGAUGUGGGGCUCGGGGUGAGCUGCCUUUGGAGAGGGGCCUCGGCUGCAGCCAUCCUCCCUGCUCAGCGCGUGUCCUGCUCCCAGCCCAGCAGCAUGGAGGUGCCCCCCAAGAGCCCCGAGGAGAGCGAGAAGUCCCCGCAGCUCCGGGAGCUGAUCACCAGCGACACGGGCAGCACGCUGUGCACCAGCUCCCGCAGCGAGUCCGUGUGGACCAGCGCCCCCAGGAGCAAGUGGGACAUUUACCACAAGCCCGUGGUCGUGGUGUCCGUGGGAGCGGCCGUCUUCCUCUUCGGGGUGGUCAUCACCAGCCUCUCCUGCUUCCUGACCAAGAACAAGAAGGUGUACAAGAUGUCUGGCCCGGCUUUCCUGUCCCUGGGACUGAUGCUCCUGGUCUGUGGCCUGGUCUGGAUCCCCAUCAUCCGCAAGAAGCAGAAGCAGAGGCAGAAGUCCCAGUUCCUACAGAGCCUCAAGUCCUUCUUCUUCAACCGCUGAGGGCAGCCAGGACCUUCCCGAGAAGGUUCCCCUGCCUUCCACCGAGCCUGAUGAUCAGCCAUGAAAACAAACACUUUCUUGUACUCCCUAGAGGAUUUCAGCCCCGUCAGCGUUUUCCCCCCACAGUCUCCAGUGUGAAAAUCCCCUUUGUACUUCAUCCAAGUCAUCCCAGGAGAAAGGAGCAGGGGUUUGCAGCUGAGCCCAGCCAGGCGUGCCCAAGGUCUCUGCAUCACCCCCGACCAAAGAGAGAGCCAGCAGCACAAACUGGGCAAAGCACAGCCCAGAGGAGCCUGGCCUGAGGCAAACCCCAGAGCGGCCCAGAUCCCCGGGAGGUUCUGCAGGACCCCCCGGCAGAGAGGAGCCACAAUUCCUUCAAGCUCCCUCAUUUGCUGGAGGAUCGGCCCAGCAGCAGGAGACAGCAGAAGCAGAGGGUGCCAGACCCUACAGAGGUUCCCAAAUCCUACAGAGGGUGCCAGACCUUACAGAGGUUCCCAAAUCCUACAGAGGGUGCCAGACCCUACAGAGGUUCCCAAAUCCUACAGAGGGUUCCAGACCUUACAGAGGUUCCCAAAUCCUAUAGAGGGUGCCAGACCUUACAGAGGUUCCCAAAUCCUACAGAGGGUGCC